AUGUACAACCACAACCGCACCCCCGAGGAACAUCGAGCGUACAACCUAGUACAACGCCAAGCCACACCAGCGGACGCUGAACGUUCCAUUCGGCAGCUCGAGGAAGCAUACAGACGUGCGACCUACCAGGAAGGAUUACUCCUUGAUCGACCAGUAGCACCAACGCCUCAGAGACAGGCAUCUAUCGAACUCAUCCGUCAACGGACGCUUGACCAGAUCGGAAGGACUCACGCACGAGCCGUCCUUCAUAGCCCAGUUUGGAAUGAAUAUCGCCUGAGCAUCGGCUCUUGGGCACCAAACCAGGUGAGCCUCGAGUUUACUAUCCUUGACAAACUCGAGCAUUGGGUACUCCGUGACGACAGGUACGACGCGGACGACGAACUACCAUCACUCGUCAACACCAAGCAAGAAUCAUCAGCAGGCAACCCCUCGAGCACCGAACCACUAGACAUCCUCUCCCUUCUUACGAAAAUUUGGGACAACAUGAGCGUGUUGUACGACAUCACCAACCACCACCCGACCCUCACCCCGAUCUCUGAGCAAGCACACAUCCAGGUUCUCAUCAAACAAGUUCAGCUGGUCCUCAACACCCUUCACAACCUCCAACAGCUCGUCAGCCCACCCCUUCCUCCCGUCCCCGUCAGCCACGACCCAGAAGAGCGCCACGGAUCCAGUUACUUUGCUGCUUGA